UGAAAGUUAGGUUAACACAAGGUAGAUUUACACCAAACACCUUAUCACCUAGUACACUUGUUUUUAAUUUGGGUUUUAAAAGUCACAUACAAGUUUGUGAAUCCGUGAAUAUACUCAGUUAUUACAGCAAUUAAAACCAAAGCGGUAACCCCUCCCUAAAAUGGCAUCUGCCCAAGAGUCUGUCGCUUCAGACGAAUUGUCAAGUGUUGAAAGUUGUUUGGAGCAUAUUCCUCAGCCUCAACGUUCAAAAGUGAAAAAAAUCCUCUAUGGGCAGGAAUUUGAACCGCUGGAACUUCCAAAAACUGCUGUGGCUAUUGCAACUGCAGAAGAUUUUGAGUUAGCUGGCUAUAAAUUUGAUGUUCCAACAGAGCAGUUGAGAGCUCCAAGAAUUGUUCGAGUAGGAGCUGUUCAAAAUAAGAUCGUGGCUCCAACUAUACUCCCCAUUGAGGAGCAAAGAAACGCUCUUUGGGUCCGUAUUGGUAAAAUAAUUCAAACCGCCGCACUUUGCCGUGUGAACAUACUUUGCUUGCAAGAGGCAUGGACAAUGCCAUUUGCAUUUUGUACUAGAGAAAAGAGACCCUGGUGUGAAUUUGCAGAGUCAGCAGAAAAUGGUCCCACAACUCGCUUUCUCCAAACGUUAAGCAAGCAGUACAACAUGGUAAUAAUAUCCCCAAUUUUAGAACGUGACAAUUCAGAUGUUAUUUGGAACACUGCAGUGGUCAUAGACAAUAAUGGAAAAGUGCUUGGGAAACAUCGGAAGAAUCACAUCCCGAGAGUUGGUGACUUUAAUGAGUCUACAUACUAUUUUGAAGGAAACACAGGACAUCCUGUAUUUGAGACUGAAUUUGGCAGAGUAGCAAUUAAUAUUUGCUAUGGAAGACAUCAUCCGCUGAACUGGCUUAUGUUUGGAAUUAACGGUGCAGAAAUAGUUUUUAACCCAUCUGCCACUGUCACUGGUUUAAGUGAGCCGCUUUGGGGCAUAGAAGCGCGAAAUGCUGCCAUUGCAAACACCUACUUUACUUGUGCCAUAAACCGCGUCGGGACUGAAAUUUUUCCCAAUGAGUUUAGUUCAGGUGAUGGGAACCCAGCUCAUCAAGACUUCGGCCAUUUUUAUGGCUCCAGUUAUGUGGCUGCCCCAGAUGGCAGCAGAACUCCUGGAUUAUCCCGUGUUAGAGAUGGCCUCCUUGUUUCAGAACUUGAUUUGAAUCUUUGUCGUCAGGUCAAGGACCGGUGGGGUUUCCAAAUGACUCAGCGACUUGACUUAUAUGCUGCCUCACUUGCCAAAGCUGUCCAAUCUGACUUUCAACCACAGCGGAUCAACUGAAAAGAACCGGAGAUAGCCAAACCCAGAAUUCAGUUGCAGAAGAUGAAUAACGCAUUGAGUCACACGUCGCAUUUGAUGCCAAAGUCAAAAUAAUGAAGUUCAUGGAUUGCUGGUUGUGCUAUUUUUAUAUGUAGUUCUUGAGUGUUUUCUUCUUUCAGGAGGCCCUUAAUCAUAAUAAUUCAAAAUUAGUAGAAAGGCAGACUACCUCCCAUCGAGGGAAUAGGUAUAGCAACUCAAUACACUUUUUGCGAACAAUGCUCCUAACUCUUGUCCUGAUCUCAAAAAUUUUUGAGAAACUUUUGAAAAUAAUCCUUAUUUUUGUACUAUUUUAAUGUGUUAAUCCAAA